AGUAGGUAGCACUAGAGGUGGCGCUGUCGUUCAGGUGGAGUUUGGAGAGAGCAGGGUUUUAGGAGUGAAUAGUCAAGGGCGUUUUAACAUAUUUUUGUUGUCUUUUAUUUGUUAAACGAAUAUCUAAUUAUGACGUGGUCAGCAGUUCGUUUAGCUGCUGCGAAGGUUGGACCUACGGUCAUGUUUGCCACCAGAAAUCCUAUACCACUGAUAAACUAUGGAGGUCACCUGGGCCUAACAUUUCCAGCCCUCCAAUUUCAAGUUGCAUGGAUCUCUGGAAAACAGAUUCGGGGUCCGGAUUAUAAAAGACCAGCUCCUUGGCCAUACAAGGAAAAAAAAUACAGGUGGUAUCAUGAAUACUUUGAUGACACUCUUUCUCGCUUUGAUGAAAAUACCAAAGUUGUGGUUGUAGAUGGAAAUAUUGCAGCGGGAAAAACUACCUUUGCUGAAGAACUAGCUAAACAACUUGACAUGCAUUUUGUUCCAGAAGCAGAUAUGGAUAUGCGGUAUAUAAAUGAUUAUGGGUUUGAUAUGCGAACACUAGAUCCUUUGUUACCCGCUUCAUGCAAAUCAUGCGAUGUGAAGACAUUCUAUGAAAAUCCCAGUAAUGAAAAUGUUCCUGAAUUUCAGUUUCAGAUGUACAAAUUGAGAUAUGAACAGUACAUUGAUGCACUGGCGCAUCUUUUACAAACAGGUCAAGGUGUAGUGAUGGAUCGUUCAGUAUACAGUGACUUUGUGUUUUUGGAAGCAAUGGUCAAGUUUGGUUACAUUAGCAAGCCUGCACGAAAUUUAUACUAUGAAAUCAAAAACAACACCAUUGGUGAGCUUCUACGACCUCACCUAGUGAUUUAUCUAGAUGUGCCAGUUAACAUUCUAAUGGACAGAAUAAUGAAGAGAAAUUUGCCUCAUGAAAUUAACUCGAAAGUGUUAACUAAAGAAUAUCUCGAAACUUUGGAUCAUUACUACAAACAGGAGUAUUUAAAGCAGAUCAGUAAACAUGCAGAGUUACUGAUAUAUGACUGGAGUAACUAUGGAGAUGUUGAAGUGGUUGUUGAAGACAUUGAACGGAUUGACUUUGAUCGAUUUGAGAAACAUGACCCAAAACUUAAAGACUGGAGAAUUGAUGAUCGUUGGGAAUGGAAUGGUCUGAGACGCACCUUUAGCAAUAUGAAAUACAAGUUAAUGUCUCUGUUCGGUAUUCCUAACUUGAACGUGCCAGAACUUCUGAUUUCAGCCGAGGACUAUAAGAAGUAUAUUGAUGUUAUGGAAAAUGCCCCAGGAAACAAAUACGCUAAAGGAUUUAACAAAGAUAUGGGAGACAAGGGCAUCCUCUUCAAGAUGUUUCUUAACUACCGGGAUAGUCAGAAAGUUUCAAUACCUUAAAUAGCAUGUAAUCUUGAUGUUACUUCCACCUAGUGGUAAAAAAUAACAACUUGGUGUGUGUUUUCUUUUUGGUAGUUCAUAAUUGCUUUCCAGGAUGAGCAGUAUAACAAAACUACAGCCGUUAUAUAACCAGUAAGUCUAGGUCACUGGAUCAUCAGUGUAUUUAUUCGAAUUGUUCUAGAAUUUUCUGACAAUAAAUGUUAAACAAAGUGAUACGCAGUGCAUUUGUACAGUUUUUCUUCUGUCUUAAAUAAUUUUCCAAGUUACUAGCGCAGUAAACUGAGUGGUAAGAGUAGGUCAAAGUUUUAAGAACGAGGUAGUCAAAGAGUUGUCUUUGAAAGCGAUAUCAGUAGAAAGUUGAGAUUACAUUAAAUAAUAUUUUAUAGACUAAUACUCUGGAACCUGGUUGUUGUAUCAUUGAGAUAGUUGCCUAUUAAAGAGAAGUAGUCAAUACCAGGUAAUUGGAAGUUGUGUAGUCCAAGUUGUUGGAGAAUGAAGGCUGUAGAAAUCAUGCUGUCGUGCGUUAGAAUAAAAAUGAGCAUUCUAAUUACAUUUGAAAGAUGACAUCUGAGUGACAACUAGUAGCAGUAUUAAAAUUGACUAUGGGAUGUUUUAGUUAAAAUAUAUUAAAUUUAGGUUUUGGAAAAAAUCAAAACAAAAACAAGGUUUUUUAAUGUUGAACCAGUGAGAAUUUUACUUUGAUUAUUAAGAUACAGAAAUGUUUUUUUGAAUUAUUUGUCUGAGGAACAACUGGUGUGUUUGUAGAUACAAUCUGGUGGAUAAUAAUAAAAAAAAAA